AUGGGUGAGUAUUGCUAUAAAGUAUUAUUUCAUGAAACAACGUGGCAAAAUGCAAAAUCUGAAUGUGAACGUGAUAAUGCUAUGUUAUUUGUACCUGAACAAAUGAUGACAUUAAACUUGAUAAAAUCCUUAUUUUUACGUCGAUAUAGUUAUACAUCAUCUGGUGUUGCACAUAUUGGUGUUAUUUAUGAUAAUCAAAAGCUUAUUGUAAUACAAACUAAUACAACUGAUAUAAAUACUUUACCAAGGAUAUUGGAUUCCUCUUCUCUUUAUACUUUAUGUGAAUUCACAUUUCGACAACAUUAUGCAAGAUUGAUGUCAUCGCCAAAUAUAUCAGAAAUAGAAAAAAAUCAAUUAAAAAAUGAACAGACUGGUUGUGCAUAUGUUGAUUUUCGAUCUGAAUACACACUAUCGAUUUUAUGUGAUGAAAUACCUUGUAAUCGGCUAGCAACUGUGAUAUGUCAAAAAGUACCGAUUCGAAAAAAGCGUGUCAUUGUAGCUCAAUGUUUAUCAUCAUGUAUAGUAUUUUAUAAUCUUGAAUUAAUUCAAUACUUUUGUGAAACACCAUCUCACAUAAGUUUUGAAGAUAAACAACCAGAUUCAUCAAAUCUUCAAGGCUUAGAAAAUGAUCAACCCAUACCUCAAGGUGAACCUGAUGAAAUAAUAAAUUUCAAUUCUGACAACCGAAUUCUUACUGUUGAACAUCAACCAACUGGUGAAAUUAUUAAAGAAAAAUCAGAUAUAUAUCGAUUACAAGAUGAAUAUUUUCGUUCGUGUGUUCAUGAUAUUCAAUUAGGUAAACACCACAAAACAGAUGAUUCAACAAAACAUCACCAUGAAGAAUGUAUAUCAGAAUAUGACCCUGUCGUACAUCCUGAUUCAAAACCUGGUCGAUUAAAUUUAUCAAUACGCUAUGAUGAUGAACGAAGUCAAUUAAUAAUUCAAAUAAUUAAUGCACAAGGUAUAAUAAGACCUGAACAAGUAACUGCACGAGAUAUGUGUUUAACAUUUUCAUUAAUUGAAAAUGAUAUUAAUGAACAUGAUGUUGAAAAACAUAAAAGAUUUAUUAGUGAAAACGCACCUAUACUAUGGAAAGAGCCUGUGAUAUUUUGUAUUACAUAUGAAAAAGUUAUUAAAAAAAAAUUAUAUAUUUUUGUUAGUAAUCAUUCUGAUCCAUCAACACCUCGUGAUAGAGAGAUAUUAAUUCCUUUACAUAAUCUUAAAAAUCAUGCUAUAGAAACAAAUAACUGGUUUGAUUUACAAUAUGUCAAAUCAACAUCAUAA